CUCCAUGGAAACCAUCCUCCCAGGCACUGGCCAGAGGGUUUACUGUGCUGUGAAAGAAAGCUAGAAAGAUGCCAUGAAGUGCUCCAAGUUGCUGAGGUAAAAUUCUGACGUACCUUAAUGAGGACGAGCUCAGUUCAAGGCCCCAAACCACUUCCCUCAUGGUUGUGCUUUGAAUGUUGUUAGCGUGAAAUGGGUCUGAGCCACUCUAAGGCUCACCGUCGGGUGACCAAAGUAGCUCCCUUGCGAGACAAAGAGGGAGAGGCUCCCUCUGCCAGCCCCAUGGACUUGGCGCUCAAUCAGAAUCUGGAAGAAAAGAGUUCGUACCUGUUCGCAAGGCUGCAGGACCCGAAGAAAGCUCUGGAAGGGCAGCUGCCACCUCUUCGGGAGACCUGGUGUGGAAGAUACUCCGCAGUACCCAGGGCCAUGUAUUUUGACAUUCCACUGGAACACGGAGAAACAAGUAUUAUUAAAAGGCAUCCACCCCGAAGACUUCAAAGGCUUGAACCCAUUGACCUGCCACAAGUAAUUACUUCUGAAACGCUCCCGAGCCAGCAUGAAGCCAGAACAACUCACAAAGCAAAGCAGGAACUGGAAAAGAAGAUGCAAACUCCAGGGUACACUCCCAGGAAGAGGCAAUAUUUACAUAAGAUGCGAAUGCUGGAAAUGAACCGUAACAGACAAGAGAAGAAAAGUCUUCGCAGGGAGGCAAGAAGUAAUAAGCAAAAACCGAGGGACCAUAAAGCCAAGAAAAUCCUUCAAAGCGUCCCAAGAAAUGAUGACAGGGACCUUCCAACCUUGUUGCCGAAUGAAACCUUAAACAGAAGAAGUCCAGGAAAUUCCCAGAAUGAAGAUUUGGGAGAACACCAAGCAAGGAAUGACUGUUGUCCCCAGAAAAUUGGCAAAAUGGAAACGUGGCUCAGUGAACAAGAGGCAUGGGGCCAGCUUCUCUGGGACAGUUCUAGUUCUGACUCAGAGGAGUUGAGAAAAAGCGAGAAGAAACCACAAGCACUGGUGAGGACCAGGACAGAAAGAAUCCCACUUUUUGAUGAGUUUUUUGAUUGAAAAUAAAAAUGCUAUUCACCAGCCUA